CAUGGCGAGCAUGUACCAAACUUUUCGCAUUUUGCAGCAACAUUCUUGCUCCAAAGUCAUCACCAGAGCCAAUAUUCGUAAUGUCAACCCAAUCAAUAGAAAGGUGAUCAUACCUUCUAUCAAUGGAAUCCAACAUCGAACGUUUUCCCUCUCAGGUUUUCGUCUUGCAGAAGGUGAAACCUCAAAAAAGCCUCAUUGUAACAUUGGAACCAUUGGUCAUGUUGACCAUGGAAAAACAACUUUGACUGCAGCCAUCACAAAGGUGUUAGCCGAACAAGGCGAUAACAAUGCAUUUGUUAGAUAUGAUGAAAUAGACCGGGCUCCAGAGGAAAAGAAGCGUGGCAUUACGAUCAAUGCAGCACACGUUGGAUACGAAACAAAAAAGCGACAUUAUGCUCAUACUGACUGUCCUGGACAUAUUGACUACAUAAAGAACAUGAUUACGGGAACAUCACAGAUGGAUGGGGCUAUUUUAGUGAUUGCAGCUACCGAUGGACAAAUGCCGCAAACGAGAGAGCAUCUACUGCUCACGAAACAGAUUGGUGUUGAAAAAGUGGUGGUUUAUGUGAACAAAGCUGAUGUUGUUGAUGAAGACACACUCGAAUUGGUCGAGAUUGAAACGAGAGAACUUCUGGAGGAAUUUGGCUUUGAUGGUGUUGAUUGUCCUAUCAUUUGUGGUUCUGCUCUCAAUGCAUUACAGGACAAGAAUCCCACACUUGGGAAAGAAUCUAUCCUCACGUUGCUGGACAGUAUCGAUAAAUACAUACCAACUCCAGUCAGAGAUGAGGAUGGGCCGUUCUUGGUACCUGUUGAUUCAGUGUUCACUGUUCCAGGACGAGGCACUGUGGCCAUAGGGACAGUUAAGAGAGGUACAGUCAAUAAAGGAGAAGUUGUGACUUUACUUGGACAUGGGAAUGAGAUAAAAACAUCCAUUUCAGAUUUACAAGUGUUCAAAAAAUCUGUACCAACUUGUAAAGCUGGAGACAAUGUUGGUGUACUCCUUAGAGGGGUGAGACCUGAAGCUAUUGAAAGAGGCAUGUUCGUUGGCAUACCAGGUUCUUUUCAACAGUGCAACUCUUUCGAAGCUCAGAUCUAUGUCAUCACAAAACAAGAGGGUGGGCGAUCAAAACCAAUCACUGAUAAUUAUAUUCAAAUGAUGUACUGUAACUUGUGGAAUGUAGCUGCUUGUUUGAAACUCCCUAAAGCUAAUUCCAUGGUUAUGCCUGGUGAUGCUGCUUCUGUACAGUUCUUAUUGAGAAAGCCAAUGGUUUUUGAUGUUGGGCAAAGGUUUACGGUGCGUGAAAACCAGCACACAACCCUAACUGGUGUUGUAACAAAGAUUUUAGGACACAAUAAGGAAAUUAUAAAAGGCUUUAACUUUGAGCAUGCAAAGUCUAUGAAAAUAGAAACUAAUUCAAGAGUGGUCCAGGCAAGAAGGAAUAAAAAGAAGACCAAGCCUGAAACGGAUGUUCAGUGAUAUGUUGACUUAGGUUGUUUUUAUAAACAGUACAAAAUAAUGUAGAUGAAGCAUUUAUGCUUAGGCUGGACACAGGGAAUUGGAUUUUUAUUCAUGUUAAUUACAUUGGUUUUGUUUGGCUUUCAUCAGAAACACUGGUGUAUUCUUGAGCAAGCCACCAAACUUUCCUGUGCUGUCUUUACAUGUAAAUUAAGUCUCGUUACUUGCGGAGAUGGUCCUUGUGAGAAAGUAAAAGUUAUGUCUUGAUGACAGCCAGGAGUUACUACUGUUAUGUAACCAUUAUCAUUACAAUUGAUGCAGUGUACCGGUAGUGUACAUCAGUUGCAAAUAAAUGUCUGCUCAUUAUCAUAUUGUGCCACAA